AUGUUUAAGUUUAGUGUUUUCGUGAUUGGAGUCUUAACCGGACUUUUGUUAAGUGGAGGUUGGUUGGAGUUGAGAAGUGCAAACUUAAAUCCUAGAUUUGGUUUUAAAAAAUUAGUAAAACUAACUGAGUUAGUUCUUCAUGUGUGGACUCUACUUGCACCAUUUAUAGGUAAAGUACCUAUCCUUAGAUUUGCACCACUCAACAGACAUCCCUCUUGGGUCAUAGAGUUUAAAACUAGAGCAAUUCCUGCUCUUAAAAUGUUUUAUGAAGCAUUUUUUCCUAAUGGUAGAAAAGUAAUUCCAAUAGAAUUCUUAUUUUACUAUUUAGAUGCAGUAGCUUUAGCUUAUUGA